CGGCGCGUGGGAGAGCGGCGCGGGCCCGGGGCGCCCAGUGACGCGCGCGAGGCCUCGAGGCCUUGGAGGAGGAGGAGGAGGCCGAGCACGCCGCCGCCGCCGCCAUGGUGAUGUCGCAGGGCACCUACACGUUCCUCACGUGCUUCGCCGGCUUCUGGCUCAUCUGGGGCCUCAUCGUCCUGCUCUGCUGCUUCUGCAGCUUCCUGCGCCGCCGCCUCAAGCGGCGCCAGGAGGAGCGGCUGCGGGACCAGCACCUGCGCGCCCUGGAGCUCGAGCCGCUGGAGCUCGAGGGCAGCCUGGCCGGGAGCCCCCCGGGCCCGGGCUCGGCCUUGGCGUCGCUGGCGUCGCAAGCCCAGCAGCCGCCCCCGCCGCCGCCCCCGCCGCGCGGCCGCCUCGGGGAGGCCGCCGCGCACGCGCACGCGCACCCGCUGCUGCACCUCGGGUCCGCGCAUGCGCACCCCCACGCGCACGCGCACUACCCGCACCCGCUGCCGCACUUCGCCGUGCCGCCGCGGCCCUGGAGCUACCCGCGCCAGACCGAGUCGGACCCGUCCAAGCCGCCGUGCUACGAGGAGGCCGUGCUCAUGGCCGAGCCGCCGCCGCCCUACAGCGAGGUGCUCACGGACACGCGCGGCCUGUACCGCAAGAUCGUCACGCCCUUCCUGGGCCGCCGCGACAGCGCCGAGAAGCGCGAGCCGCCGCCGCCGCCGCCCAGCCACAAGCCGCUCUUCCUCGACCGCGGUUACUCGGCCGGCGCGCUGCCCGUGCCCCUGCCGCUGCCGCUGCCCAGCGCCCCGCGCCCCGCGCUCGGCCGCCGCGUCUUCCCCAGCUGGACCGACGCCGAGCUGGGCGGCGGCCGCGAGCCCGCGCUGGCCGAGCCCGGGGCCUGGCGCCUGCCCGUCUCCAUGCCCCUGGUCGGCAGGACUACGGCCGUGUAGGCC